AUGUCACAUCAAGAUCUACUAACCCAAGCUAAGCAGAAUCAAAUAAAUGACCUUCGGCAAUCAACCGCAUACUCGAAACAGCUAGCAACAACAAUACACACACUUAUUAGAUCAAAUUCAAGCACAUCCAACAGCCUAAUAGACAAGAUCACCACAAUACAUCAGUUAAAUAACGAAAUUGAUCGACAGUUGAAUAAUGAUUUAGCCAAGAGUUAUACAGAAUUGAUGAAGUAUAAGCGAAGAUUAAACAAGGUAAUUAAUGAAUGUCAUGCUAUUAUGUAUCAUAAAGAUGUUAGUAUCAUCAAUAAAAUACAGUCAAGAGUAGAGUUAAUUGACCAGGAUUUAAGGAUAUUAGAACAGACAUUAACUUUGGUCAAAAGGUGA